GAGCGGAAUAACUUGUAUGACAUCCUGCAGAUGUCGACACCAAUGUCUGUUGUCUUUAACGAAAUAAUCAAGAAACAGUAAAUGACGUUCGAGGAUUGAAUCCGAGAGGAAAUUUAUUUAAAAUUUGUGUAGACAGUAAAGAUAUUAAUAGUUGUUUUUGUAACUUAUCAAUAUUGUUACUAACUUUUCCGCCUAUCCUUUGCGGCUCAAUAUCACGCGACGGUAUAUGUAUACAUACCAUAGUAACACAGCGAUGCAAUACGAUCAUGCGAAGACGGUUAUCAUUUUCAUUUAUUUCGCACCUGAUCCCACAAUGAUGAACGAUGAUUGUACAGUUUAGUGAAAUGAUGUUUAUACAGACAAAUGAAUUAAGGCCCGAUUCGUGCUAUUGAUUCAAAGGUUCAAAGAUAUCAUUCUGGCUUGUUGGAAAGCCAAACAGCUGAAAUGGAGUCGGCGGGACAGAAUCAGGUGCAGAAUGCUUUCAAUAAUACUGAUGGGACUGAAAACAAAGGAAGUUGUUUGUUACUCCGAUAUGCUAGUCAAAAUUCAUUGGAUGAAAGUUCACAAAAGCAUAUACCACGUGAAAGUGGACGAGACAAACCACCAUAUAGGAAUCAUCAUCAUACAAAUCGGGCUUUUGAUGUUAUCAAUGAAAUGCGAAAAAAAAAUUUAUUAUGUGAUGUGAUUCUGGUGGCUGAUGGAGGAUUGGAAGUACCUGCGCAUAAAAUGGUUCUUGCUGCAUGCAGUCCUUAUUUUUAUGCUAUGUUUACAAGUUUCGAAGAGCGAGAUCAAGAAAGAAUAACUCUGCAAGGUGUGGAUUACUCAGCGCUUGAGUUAUUGGUGGAUUAUGUAUAUUCCGCAGAAGUGCAUGUAACUGAAGACAACGUGCAAGUGUUAUUACCAGCUGCUAAUCUUUUGCAAUUAACUGAUGUUCGUGAUGCCUGUUGUGACUUCUUACAAGCUCAAUUGCAUCCAUCAAAUUGCUUAGGAAUUCGUGCAUUUGCAGAUCUUCAUGGUUGUCUAGAAUUACUGUCACAUGCAGACAGUUAUAUCGAACAACAUUUCUCGGAGGUAGUGGAUGGUGAAGAGUUUUUAACAUUGGCACCUCAACAAGUUGCUAAAUUGAUUUGCAGUGAUCGUUUAAUGGUACCAUCAGAAGAAAAAGUGUUUGAAUGCGUGAUAUCAUGGGUACAUCAUGAUUUGGAAAAAAGACAAGCUCAUUUAGCUCAAUUAAUGGAACAUGUACGUUUACCUUUGUUAUCCCAAGAAUACUUAGUACAACGUGUGGAAGAAGAACCACUACUUAAAGCAAAUUUACAAUGUAAGGAUUUCUUAAUCGAAGCUUUGAAAUAUCAUUUACUUAAAGGAGAACAAAAGUCGUUAUUUAAAACGCCUCGCACAAAACCCAGACAACCAAGGGGUUUACCAAAGGUAUUAUUAGUAGUUGGUGGACAAGCUCCAAAAGCAAUCAGAAGCGUUGAAUGUUAUGAUUUUAAGGAAGAAAAAUGGUAUCAGGUAUCUGAAUUGCCUACACGUCGUUGUAGAGCUGGUUUAUCCGUCCUUGGUGGUCGCGUUUAUGCUGUUGGUGGAUUUAAUGGAUCGCUUAGAGUACGAACAGUUGACAUUUACGACGCAGCUACAGACCAGUGGUCACCCUGUCCAGAAAUGGAAGCGAGGAGAUCAACCCUUGGUGUAGCGGUCCUUGGGAAUUGCAUUUACGCUGUUGGCGGUUUUGAUGGUUCGACGGGUCUAAAUUCCGCGGAGGUAUACGAUCCGAGAACUCACGAAUGGCGAUUAAUCGCACCGAUGUCAACGCGUAGAAGUAGUGUCGGUGUGGGUGUUGUUAAAGGAUUACUAUAUGCUGUUGGCGGUUAUGAUGGAGCAUCCAGACAGUGUCUUUCUAGCGUUGAAUGCUACAAUCCAGAAAAAGAUCAGUGGAAGCCGGUGCCUGAUAUGUCUGCACGUCGCAGCGGAGCUGGUGUCGGUGUUUUAGACGGAAUCUUAUAUGCUGUAGGAGGACACGAUGGUCCUUUGGUUAGGAAGAGCGUAGAAGCCUUUAAUCCAGAUACUAAUCAGUGGACUCCAGUUAGUGAUAUGGCCCUUUGCCGUAGAAAUGCAGGUGUGGUAGCGCUCAAUGGUCUUUUAUACGUGGUGGGUGGGGACGACGGUUCAUCGAGUCUAGCGUCUGUAGAAGUAUACUCCCCAAGAACCGACAGUUGGUCGACUCUUCCAACUUGCAUGGGUAUCGGCCGCAGUUACGCCGGAGUAGCAAUAAUCGACAAACCGAUGCCGUCCACGACAUCGAUGUGAGGGUUACAAUCCGCUGGGCAUACA